AUGGAGAGUGAGCUGAAGAGCAUUGAGGAGAACGACACGUUCGAGUUUGGUGGAGCUACCGGAGGGACGCUGGUGGCCAAGGGGUACCAGCAGAAGGAGAAUGUGGACUACAAGGAGCUGUUUGCUCCUAUGGUGAAGCCGACGACGCUGCGAACCCUACUCGCGGGAGCCGCGAUCAAAGGUUGGGUGGUGAAGCAGCUAGACAUCGUAACGGCGUUCCUCAACGGAAUCCUCGAGGAGGAGAUUUUCAUGGCGCAGCCAGAGGGGUUUGACGAUGGCAGCGGCAGAGUGUGGAAGCUGAAGAAGGCCCUGUAUAGAGCUGAAGCAGGCCCCUAG